AUGACGGAGUUCAGACGCAUCCACGUGGCCAUCCUCUUCGCUAUGGUCUAUGGCCUCAAGGGUGUCUGGAAGCACAUCAUGGGCGCGCACAUCGUCGUCGUCGUCGUGUGCCUGGGUAUCAUCUACAUUGGCAAGCUGCGCCAGCCCAAGGACCCGCUGGACGUUGCGCUCGCCAAGCUCGACAGCGAAGAGACCGACGCGCGCUUGGCGUACGAGGCAAGCACGCAGCGCACCUUCAUCCGCCCGACGCACUUUACGGUGCCCGAGGAAGAGCGUGGUAUCUUCAUGCCCCGCCACGGCAAGUACUCGUCGUUGCUGGGCGGCAGCCGCGAGCAGCGCGUCAAGUUUAUCCAGAAGAAGACGGCGGAGACGACGCCCAAGAUGACGACUACGGAGCAGCCGCCCGUCGAGACGCUUCUCGAGUCGAUCGCAGAGGACGCACCGCCGUCCAAGGCCAAGCGCCGCCAGAAGCGCGCGUUCGUCAACAACUAG